CUUCUUCUAAAAAAUGGUUCUUCAACAGCUGGUCUCAUGGAUGCAAAGUACCCAGUCUGUGAACAUCCGGUCCAUGAACCCAUCCAAGACGGAGCAGACAGUGCCUCUGAAGUGUCAGUCAGAUAACCCCCAGGUGAGGAGGUCGGUCUGGGGUCUGAGUGCCCUGUGCUGUGGCUGUCUGCUCUCCUCCAUGGUCCUUGCCAUCCUGUACGGCAGAGCAGUGAGGAGCAGUCCUCUCAAUCCAGAUGUUGCCAGAACGUUUCAGAAUGAUUACAGGAACCUCACCGAUCAGCUCCUCAGCAUCUCUGAAGAACGCUCAGCACUGCAGAGAUCCGUUUGGAACCUAACAGAACUCAACCAUCGACUGGACGUCCAGUGUGACGAGCUAGCGGGCAACAACACAGAGCUCACCAGCAUCAACCGCAUCCUGUUCUUGGAGGCCGACCGCCAUCUGAGAGAAGAGAAUGAUAAACUUGUUAUAGUCAAUGCAGUGUUUGCAGAAGAGAGAGAAAACAUGUCCACCACUAUUGGUGUCCUGGAGAGACAGAAUGAGAACCUUACAGACUCACACCAGAGAGAACUAGAGAGGACGCUAGAACUCUCUGCCUUAAAUGACAAGUUCAGCAGGGAGUUAAGAGAGAAGACGGAGAACUUUACACUCCUCUGGCCGCAGAACCAAGAGCUCCUGGACCAGAACGUUCUCCUACAGAGCGAGAACCUUCAACUGAUUGAGACGGUGGGGCGUGUGCGCUCGCAGAAAAAGGAGUGCGACAGAGCAGUGCGGAACUUAACAGAAGCUCUAGAGAACACUACCAGAUUACAGAAUCAGAGUUUAGGCAGAGAGAUUGCAGAGUUGAGAAAUGGAAUCCAUCUCCUCCAACAGGAAGUGACAUCUUUAAACCUUUACUGCCUUCUUUGUCCUCCAAUCACCACAAACAACGCAAACAUUUCCAGUAACCUUAGUCAAUCUAUCUACCAUUCCCAUUUCUUGGUACAGCAUAAGCAGGAGCGGCGCUGUAGGUCGUGUGAAGAUGGAUGGCGCCUCUUCAGGUCCAGCUGCUACUUCCUCUCCAGAGACUCCAACAGCUGGGCCCAUGGCAGGACCCAGUGUCAGUCACACGGGGCUGAUCUGCUGGUCAUCAACAGCCAGGAAGAGCAGGGUCUAUAG